AUGGCAGCUAGGCAGCCCACUCCCCAUGCCGGCGUCAAUCCCCACCUUCCGCUCGAGAUCUACGCCCACAUCCUCACUUUCCUCCAAAAGCCGGAUCUCGCUAUCGCUGCCCGUGUCUGCCGCUCCUUCUACCUCAUCGCCACGCCACGCCUCUAUAAGGACCUCUGUAUCUCUUCGGGUCACCACAACCCUCUCUAUCACUGCGAGAUAUCGGCGACUCAUCAUUCUCGGCGGCCUCGGAUGCGCUAUCUGCCUACAGCCCAAGGCGCACGUGCCAACAUGACUCCCUUCGGCCUCGGCCCCCUUCCUGACCGGUUCUCGUUCACCCGGCAACUCUUCCUCGGCCGAUAUCACGAGAUGUCAUGUCUCGAUCAUACUCCCCUGUCUACGCCGCUCCUCCAACAACUAUCCAUCAUCGAUUCAGCCGAUGACAGCCCCUGCCAGUCCACGUUGACUUUGUUCAAGGUCGGGGCGCCCUCCGUCCCCAUGGCAAGAUGCCCUCUCCUCGCGAAUCUGCGCCCUACUCGUCUAAUCUGCGGCGCACCUGGGGACUAUGAGGCGGGGCUCUGGCUAUCCGCGGGGGUCCCCGUCCUGCCGACGUGGAUCCGGGAGAUGGUGCUCUGCGUGGACGUCCAUCCCGAUCGUCACAUAUCUCCCAAUCGGCGCUGCGAUGCUCUCACCAAUCUCCCGGCUACGCUUCAGAAGUUCUCUCUACUUCUAAACGUCGAGCCAGGACGCUGGGCAUCAGACAUGGAACGUCUCUCGCACUCAAGUCUCGAAGGGCUCUUGCUGUCGCCCGAGGAUUUCUUGCGAAACCUGGCGGGUCUUUGCAGAAGGGAUGCGGAGGUGGUGGAGAUUGUGGGAGCGAAGAGGCUGGAGGCCGAGGGUUGGGGAAUGCCGUAUGAGCUGAUCGAGAGGGAGAUCAGGAAGGAGGUCAAGGAAUGGGCGAUGUGGAAGGGGUGGGACGAGGCGUGCGCGGAGAUAAGGGGUGAGGGGAUCGAGUUUGUCACGAAGGACGAGUACGACAAGCGCGGGAGGGGAUAUGCGGGGUUCGGCUUAGUGAUACAGCAGAGAGUCAGAGAGUAA